GCAUGAUUGUCACCGCAAUUGGCAUAUUCAUAUGCUCUCGACCAAUUUUUUGCCCCUCAAAUACAACCACGAGAUUUGCGGACUGGGUAAAUAUAAUAGUCAAGGAAAUCCCCAGCAAUAAACCAAUUAAAUCUGCCGAAGGGGUGGUCGCCUACCUAACUAAAUAUUUAGCCAAAUCAUUUUCAAUGCGAGCCAAUCUAGAACAAGCUGAAAAAUCAGGUUUAUUAUCCGGCAUGAAAAUUUAUAAAUUUUUCCAAACUUCUUAUGGAGAUCAUAAAG